AUGGCGAGACAGCCAGAAGAGGAUUUCAACAUGAACGGCGUAGAUUCUAGCCCCACUCUAGAGUCAAAGAGCUUUUCUCUGACAGACGACUGCCAUCAUUACCAGCGCCGAGCUGAUGUUCCCUGGGACAUUCAGAAAUAUUGGGAGCAGCGGUACAGCAUAUUCUCUUUGUAUGAUGAAGGAAUACACAUGACAGACGAUGCCUGGUUCGGUGUCACUCCUGAGCCUGUUGCGAGACAGAUAGCCAGUGAUCUCGUGGCCAGUACACCCUCGUCAAAGACCGUGAUAAUAGACAUAUUCGCUGGCGCAGGCGGAAAUGCAAUCGCAUUCGCGCUCUCAAACCGAUGGUCUGCUAUCAUAGCCAUCGAGAAAGAGGCCUCGGUAAUAGCCUGCGCACAAAAUAAUGCACGCAUCUACGGCGUUGCAGACCAAAUCACCUGGAUCAACGACGACUCAUUCUCAUAUCUCAAGCAAAACCAAACCUCAAUCGACCGCUCGAAAACCGUCAUCUUCGCCUCGCCUCCCUGGGGCGGCCCAAAUUACUCAUUAGAUGGAGUCUUCAACCUGAAGACAAUGUUGCCAUAUUCCAUCAAAGACAUCCACACAGCUUGCGAGGGGAUGGAUUCUGCGCUCUUCCUACCAAGGACAAGUAAUCUGAAGCAGAUCGCGCGAUUAGCACCUAAGGGAAAGAAAGUCGAGGUUGUGCAGUACUGCAUGGAGGGAGCUAGUAAAGCUCUUGUAGCUUACGUUCCCGCUGUUGCUUGA